AUGACAAAGAAUGUUCGUGACCCUAAAGAUUUUGUGAUUCUUUUGUUUACAUUUUGCAAACACAAAGAUAGUUUCUCUCGUGGCUACACAGUUGUUGCUCUGUUGCUUCCUGUGGACCCUAGCAUCUGUGUUGAGAAUAGAGCGUUGACACGUGGAAGAGAUAGAGUGUUGACACGUGGAAGAGAUAGAGUGUUGACACGUGGAAGUGAUAGAGUGUUGACACGUGGAAGAGAUAGAGUGUUGACACGUGGAAGUGAUAGAGUGUUGACACGCGGAAGAGAUAGAGUGUUGACACGUGGAAGAGAUAGAGUGUUGGCACGUGGAAGUGAUAGAGUGUUGACACGUGGAAGAGAUAGAGCGUUGACACGUGGAAGAGAUAGAGUGUUGACACGUGGAAGAGAUAGACUGUUGACACGUGGAAGAGAUAGAGUGUUGACACGUGGUGGUGAUAGAGUGUUGACACGUGGAAGAGAUAGAGUGUUGACACGUGGAAGAGAUAGAGUGUUGACACGUGGAAGUGAUAGAGUGUUGACACGUAGAAAAGAUAGAGUGUUGACACGUGAAAGAGAUAGAGUGUUGACACGUGGAAGAGAUAGAGUGUUGACACGUGGAAGUGAUAGAGUGUUGACACGUGGAAGAGAUAGAGUGUUGACACGUGGAAGAGAUAGAGUGUUGACACGUGGAAGAGAUAGAGUGUUGACACGUGGAAUGGCCACGUCUAUUGAGCAGGAGACAUGCACAGAAGCAGGGAAAUACUUUGAAUAG